UGCUUCUACCUGCUUUGACCAACUAGCCCUCGACCUCUCCCGCGGACCAGCCCGAAGUCGUGAUCCACAUAGCGUUUUGAUUUUGCCUUUUUUUCCCCUCUAAAAACAACUGCUGCCUUCGCAUUCAAAAGUCAAGAAUGCAUGGUUGAUACUGGCCAUUGAAGAUGCUCCACAAUCCUGUUUUAGAUUUUCACAGAAUGGGUUUGGACUUCUUAGUUUUUGAUCUUCUUGCGUCUCUGCACAUGUAGGGCGAGUGGAAUCUUUAUUAUUUGGCUGUUCAAACCUGGUAGCUCGAGUGAUGGAAAGACAUUCUUCUUCAUGUUGAGGUCUUUUGUCCCGCGGUGUUGAACUCCAAUUCCUUCGUGAGAACAUCUAUUGGCAUGGAUGGACUUUCAGGUUCUUACCCUCACCUGGAGGUUGUGCUGAGACGGAGAUGGUUCUCCUUUGGCCCUGCAAGGAACAUCCUUUUUGGCCAUCACCAGCGAUGCAACAGGGGAACCAUAAGUACUUGCAUAAGACAUAUCCGCAAGCACCGACGAGAAAGUAUGGCCAAGCGUGGCGGUGAGAUGUCGACGGCUGCUGAAGUUGUUCGAGUUUUUGCCCUUUCUGAUUUACACACCGACUACCCGGAAAACAUGGAGUGGGUUAAAAACUUACCGGCCUUGCAAUACAGAAAUGACAUUCUCAUUGUUGCUGGUGAUGUAGCUGAAACGUACAACAACUUUGUCCUGACCAUGUCCAUACUGAAGGAUAGAUUUCGACAAAUCUUCUUCGUACCGGGCAAUCAUGAUGUCUGGUGCCGCCGGGAACAGGGACGAUAUCUUGAUUCACUAGAGAAGCUGAAUGCGUUACUUGAUGCAUGCAGUAUGCUCGGAAUUGAUACCAGCCCCAGCGUUGUUAACGAUUUGGGCAUUGUUCCUCUAUUCUCUUGGUAUCAUGAGAGCUUUGAUAAAGAGAGGGACAUAACUGACGUUUGGAUUCCUCCACUGGAAAUGGCUUGCAAGGACUUCCAUGCAUGCAUAUGGCCAUGCAAUUUGACAAGCAAAGAUCUAUCCCUUGCUCUGCACUUUGACAGAAUGAAUGUGAGAUAUAUUCAUGCAGUUGAGGAAGUGCAGAGGAAAUGUAGUAAAAUAAUUACAUUCUCUCAUUUUAUUCCAAGGCAAGAGCUAUGUCCUGAGAAAAGAAUGCUAUUUUAUCCAGAUCUACCAAAGAUUAUAGGUUCUGAUUGUCUUGAAGAACGUUUAAGAUAUAUACACGGCGCAGCUGAGGAUGGUUCCGCCUGUCACAUUUUUGGUCAUACUCAUUUCUGCUGGGAUGCUCUGCUUGAUGGAAUAAGGUACAUCCAGGUGCCAUUAGCUUAUCCAAGAGAAAGAAAAAGAAGAAUGAAUGGAGGAGAAGAAUGGCUGCCUCUUUGUGUUUAUGACAGCAGUAGUGGAGGAUUCCUUACUAGUUUUUUCCCUUGUUACUGGUCUGACUAUUAUGCUAAAAAUGAAAGAAACCCAGACGUUACAGAGCUUGCACCAUGGGUUGCCAGAUUUUAUAAAAGGCGCUGAUGAGUGAUGAUUGCCCUUGCUUGGCUGGACGGAGAUUGGACCAUGCAGGAGGCUCAUCUAAGAUUUGCAGCUGGCUUUGUUAUUGAAUACUUUGUUAUUGUAUACUUGAGACUUGAAAACUUCAUCAUGGGAUUUUAUGAGGACUUGUUUCAGAUGUAUGGUGUAUAGGUCUUUGGCAGAUGGGGAGUUACCCUUGUGUUUGUAACUUUUGUUGUGAUGAACUAAUAAAUGACGGCUUCCCAUUGUUAAGUGACGUUUGGUUCUGUUAAAAAGAAUAAUUGUAAUAAAUUUCUGGUGGUA